AUGGCCGAAUCUGAACAAACUUCCAACAACUCUUCAUCAUUUCCCAAUACUCCUAUCAAUUCUCAGGUCACUCAGACCACUCCCGAAAACAAUAUUACCCCUAUAAUCAACCACAAGCUCAAUGGCCACAACUAUCUCCAAUGGUUGCAAUCCAUAAUGAUGUUUAUCAAUGGACGAAGCCGGGAUGAUUGUCUUACAGGGGUUGCUGCCCAACCAAGUUCAAGUGAUCCCAUAUUCAGAGUUUGGAGGGCAGAAAACAACCUGGUCAUGUCCUGGUUAAUUGGCUCAAUGACUACCGAGAUAGGUGAGAACUUCCUUCUGUACACUACAGCCAAGGAAAUAUGGGAUGCAGCCUGUGACACCUUCUCUAGUAGUGAGAAUACUGCUGAACUCUUCCAUGUAGAGAGUAUCCUACAUGAUCUAAGCACCUAUUUCAAGAAAAUAGUAGAGACUAAACUCAUCUUCAAGUUUCUGAUGGGUCUUGAUAAGUCCCUUGAUGAGGUGCGAGGUCGGAUACUUGGAGCCAAGCCCCUACCAAGUCUUCGAGAAGUCUUUUUCGAGGUACGCCGAGAGGAGAGCAGAAAAUGA